AUGAUGCGCGCCUCUCGAGUUCCUCCCGACGGAGGCUAUGGAUGGGUUAUUGUGGCCGGUUGCGCCCUAGUAAAUGUGUUCAAUCAAUCGUUAGUGUCGGUAUUCGGUCUCAUGUUUGCCGACUAUCUCGCAAGUCUUGGAGAGCACGCAUUUGGUGCCGCAUUGGUCAUGAACGUGUGCAACAUUUCACUCAACUUUUCCGGCUUAAUUACUGGCCCCAUUAUCAAGCGGUUCAAACCAAGAAAGGCUGCCAUUUUGGGGAGUUUGCUGACCGGCAGUGCGUUAACGUUUUGCUCGUACAGCACCAAACUGUGGCAAAUUGUGCUUUCGUACAGUGUGACCUUUGGAUUUGGUCUGGGACUCAUACAGUCGUCCACAUUUGUAGCUCUCAACUCUUACUUUCGACUCCGGAAAGGUCGUGCAGUUGGCUUUGCACUCGCAGGGACAGGAGUCGGUCAAAUUCUGAUGCCCUUGCUGGUACAAUUUCUUCUAAGUAACUUUAACUUUAGGGACGCAACUCUCAUCAUCGGUGGAUUAGCUUUUAAUGGGGUGGUUGGUGCUUGCUUACUUCAACCCGUGGAAUGGCACAUGAAGGAAAGUCUCACGGAAGAUGGCCGAGAAAGCCAACCACUGCUUGCAGCAGAUAAACUAACCAAACAAACGAAUGGAUCUACUUGCCGUAAAUCAUCCUGUGGUUGGGCUAAGCUCGCUGCCCUGAUGGAUUUUGCGAUCCUCAAGCAAGUGUCCUUUUUGAACCUAAUCAUCGGUCUUGGACUUGCCUAUACGGCGUCGACAAGCUUCUCCCUAUUUUUCCCCUACUUCCUACAGAAAUCUGCAAACCUUACCAUGCUUGAAGCGGCGAACUGCAUGUCCGUCCUGUCCACGACCGAUCUUAUCACAAGGAUAACUGUUCCAGCGGUUGUAGACAAAAUGGAGUUUUCGCAUCGAACCACGUUCCUACUGGCUGGUAUCUGUCUAGUAGUGGCUCGUUCCGUCAUGGCCGAGAUGCGCUCCUUGAUUCUGCUCAUGGUCACAUCUGCCUUCUACGGCAUCUUCCGCUCCAUCACGAUCGUAAACCAGAACCUGACUGUAGCGGAAUAUUGUAGCGAGCGACAGAUCGAGAAGAUGCUUCCGAACGCGCUUGGCUUUAACAUGGUAACGAAGGGUAUAUUGGUGCUGAGCCUUGGCCAGAUACUUGGCUGGUUUGCAGACUUCACUGGAAGCUACUCACUAAACUUGCACGCACAGAAUCUACUUCUCGUCACAACCUGCGUACUUUGGUUGUGUGAAAUGUAUUUCAAAGAUGAUGAUAACUAACACUACGGCGGUUCUCUUGAUAGUCGUAGGACAAUAUAU